GUAGACUGUGCAAGCCAGAGCGUUGCCCCACCUUGCUUAUACCAACAGGUGAACCGGCAUUACCUGCACACUCUUCAGUAAGUGAACGUCAUCUAACCUAUCGUGACCCCGUCACUGUUGGAUCACAAAACGUUAAGUGAUUGUUAGUGAAUAACGAACAUUUUGUGAAUAUCUGUUUCUUAUUGGAUUUUUAAGGGACUACCAACACGAAGCUUAUAGUUGAUCUUCACCAUCAGUAUUAUGAUGCAAGACUAGUGAGUCGAAUACCAGGACAAGACACUAGUGAGGUAAGUGCCGAGGUCAACCAAAAUUAUGAAUGAUUGGCAAAUAUCGAAGCAAUGGAUGCUGAUAGCAGCUAUGGUGGCAGCGACACAGCUCAGGACUCCACUUGUGGGAACGAUAACAAUUCACUAGAAAACUCAACAAUAACAUCACAUAACACAUCACAUCCAGUGGCCAAUGCGGUCACCAGCAUCACUGUAAAUAGCGAAGAGAAUCCAUACUACAACAAAAACGAAAUCACCUUACCUGUAAACAGAGAUGAAACAGAUUUCAAAGGCCAGUCUAGCCCAAAACUGCCACACUAUUUAUCUACAGCCAAUCUGAACAUAAACGAAACACUAGAACAUCACAGUAAUCUAGAAGCGAUGAGCAAACAGUAUAGGAGCACAAGUUAUCUUAAUGCUGAAAGUCCGCCAAGUCAUAGAAAAUCAGGACUUGACAACCCUGGUUUUGACGAUGACGAAGAAGCUAAGAGCAUCGAAUCUUCGUUUGGUCAAAGCAAACCCUACAAUGGUGAUUUGAACACUUCAGUGACCUCUGUGAAUGUCAAUGAAGAACCUAUGGCUGAAGCUGUGAAUUUGGAACUUGUCAACAUGAAACCAUCAGGAAAGGAUGUUGCAGGGCCAUACGAAAAUGGGAAAAAUGGUAUGACUACGAUUCCUUUGAAACCUGAUGCUGAUGUGGAAAUGGGAAAUCCAUAUGAUGAGUAUUUUGUACCUGUGAAUGAGCAUAAGAAAUUUAUGAGUAAAUUCAACAAGGGUCGAAACAGUGUAACUUUUGCUGAAUCUUUAGCCAGUUCAUCCGGAUACGAAGAGAAUGGUUCUGGAGUAAUAAACUAUCCUGAAUGGAUCAUGUCUCAGCAUCCACGAGGAGAGAAAUUAUACGUUACCAUGGACAAGAGGAAUGUAAAAAAAAAGAGUAGAUGUCUGUGUUGGGGCGUGUGUGUCUGUGUCGUUCUGGCAGCUUUAGUUUUAGGGAUUUUGGCAGCAGUUGGAGUUAUUGGUUCAACACCUGUCCAAGAAGUCAGCUCAAGGCAAUUCAGUGGAUCGCCACCAGAAAUUAAAAAAGGAGUUAUAUUUGGUCUUCCUACAGGAGAAAUUGAAAAUUCCUCAACAUCACCGGACAGUGCAUCACCUAGGUACACACCUGGUCCUCCUGUCAGUACAGCAGCAUAUCCUUUAACAACAGAAAUGUCCGAAAUAUCAGUUCCCCAAGCCUUAGAGUCGCAAAUAAGAAUAGAUAACCUAAUGUUUGACCCUGCAUAUUCGGACAAAAACAGCAACGAAUUCAAGGACCUGGCAGCUUCGUUACAAGAGGAAAUCAAGAACAGUAUCUUCACAAACGAUGAGUUAAACUAUGGACCUGCAGAUAUCGAAGUCAAAAUUAUCGAUUUUAUUGAAGGAAGCGUUAUUGCAAGAUAUAGGAUAGUAUGGAAAUUCAAGGAAGGUUUGCACAACACCAAAGAUCCAAUUGAUAUAGCUACUGUAGAAAAGAGAAUGAUAAAAAAUAUGGAAGAAAACGGUGGAAACUUAGGAUCUUUCCAUAUCGAUGAAGAGUCAUCGUUGAAUAGGACAACGAGAGUUCUAGACUCCUGUAAAAUACAAAACUUUGGAUGUGAACAUGAGUGUAAAUUCGACUACGACACUGCAGAGUUCUCUUGUAUUUGUCCUGAGGGAAAAACACUCAAUGUGAACGGCAAGAAUUGUGAUGACGAACCAAUCGCAGAGCCUACACCAAAACCAGACGCAUCUGGAGAAGAACCAAGCCUGCAACACGAUUUGGAAUCGUCACGUAGUUUCGAUGGACACGAACAUGGUCAUGACCAAUAUUCUACUCCUGAACCUCAUGCUGCUCCAGAACCUAGUUCUGAACCUGAACCUCAAUCUGAGCCAGAACCAAACUCUGAACCAGAACCAAACUCUGAGCCAGAACCAAACACUGAGCCAGAACCAAAUUCUGAGCCAGAGCCAAACUCUGAGCCAGAACCAACCUCUGAGCCAGAACCAAACUCUGAGCCAGAACCAAACUCUGAACCAGAACCAAACUCUGAACCUGAGCCUAAUUCUGAACCUGAACCUAAUUUCCAUCCUCAACCUAAUGUUGUCAUGGAGACUACUAUGAGUUCUUCAGAGGAAACAGACAUCAAGUCAAUCACAGAACAAAUAUCUGAACCCAUAACGAAAACGAAAUCACAACUUUUAGUCGAACCCGUAGCGGAACCAACAGCUGAACCCGCAGCAGAACCAACCGCAGAACCUGCAGCAGAACCAACAGCUGAACCCGCAGCUGAACCAAAAGCAGAACCCGCAGCAGAACCCGCAGCUGAACCAAAAGCAGAACCCGCAGCAGAACCUACAGCAGAACCAACAGCCGAACCCGCAGCAGAACCAACAGCCGAACCCGCAGCAGAACCAACAGCCGAACCUGCUGCAGAACCAGCAUCUGAACCCGCAGCAGAACCAACAGCUGAACCCGCAGCAGAACCAACAGCCGAACCUGCUGCAGAACCAGCAUCUGAACCUGCAGCAGAACCAACAGCUGAACCUGCAGCUGAACCAACAGCUGAACCUGCAGCUGAACCAACAGCUGAACCUGCAGCAGAACCAACAGCCGAACCUGGAGCUGAAUCCACAUCUAAGCCAGUAAAAGAUGUGAAGGCUGAACUAAUAUCAGAACCAACUUCUGAACCAGCAGCUGAAGUAACGAUUAUGCCAAUGUCAACCUCCAAAACAAUAUUGGAUCAAGCCGAACUUCUAGUAGAACCAACAUCUGAACCAAAAACAGAAAACCCUAAUGCUGCAACGGAAUUGUUUCCUGAACAAAUUGCAGAGUUUGUAACUGAAUCAACAUCGAAAUCUCAAGAGGAAUCAAAACUUGUUGAAGAAUCAUCGUCGGAAUCUGAAAGACAGCAAAUUCCUGAAAUUAUGCCUAUGACAACUGCAGAUGCUGGUUCUCUCGUAGAGGCAACUACAUCGAUAAUAAUGGAUAAUGCAGAAGAAAUGAUGGCCACAACCAAGAAAAACAACUCCGAACUGAUCGAGAACGCCAUGAAAGAGUCAGCUCCUAGGUUAUUAAUGGAACCAAUCGAAAAAACAACAUCUGAACCUGAAAUAGAGGCAACAACACAGCUUUUUUCGAUGUCAGUUGGAGAAUCUUCUGAACUUGAACCAAAAUCUCAACCUACAAAAGAAGCUAACACAUCUACUGAUUGGCUUUUUCCAGAUCAAUAUUCAGAAGAUGAAUCACUAGUAUAUAGUUCGGGGACAAUCAGUCCUAUCCAAAUGAUUCAAGAGAUAGUACCAACAACUUCUAAUAUUGGGUUAGAAAAUUCCCCCAUAUCUCUCACUAAUAGCUCAACUGGCCCAGAAGAAUCAACGGAAACCCUAGAAUCAACAACUAUGUCCGAAUCCAAACAAGAGUCAAAUACUGAAUAUGAUUCAGAAAAAGAUUUGCCAAACACUACAGUUGAAAUAAAAGAAAUGAACAAUGGUGAGCAAAUGAAAAUGGAUAUAGGUGUAAAAGAUGAUGAUAAAGAACUCACAACUGAAGCUGUGGCCAUUAUUCGAAACGAAACCCUUCCAGAUGAUGGAGUUAAUUCUGCAAUGAAAGAAUCAAAUGCAACUGAAAUUAGAGUAGAACACAAUGAUUCAGUUGAAGCAGUCCAUGUCACCAUAAAUCCACAAAUUUUCUCCGAAAAUCUAACUGAAACUGUAAGCCCACAAGUCAUGAAUGAAACUGGAAAAGAUGUUCAAACAAUUAACAAAUCAGAAAAACUGAUUGACGGUACAGAAACUGUUGAACAAAACCAAAUACAAAUUCACCAAGUAACAACCACUAGAUACGUUGAAGAAGUGACAGACCCACAAAUGAAACACACUUCUGAAACCCACCAAAAUAUUCUUCUCAGUGAACCUCAAGAAUAUUCCAAUAACAUAGAUAAUAUGUCACCGUUUCUACCUGAAAUAGAAAACGACACCUUCAUUAACUCUUUGAGAUCUGAUGAGCACUUCAUCGAUCAUUACAUGAACCAAAGCAACGAAGAACACAUGACGACAACCAAAGCACCAACAUUGGAGAACGAUCAGAUGAACAAAACUAAUCCCAUGGACCCAAAUCCAACUGACGCAGAAAACAUUACAAGAUCUGACAAUGUUUCAAGAACGGGAAAGGCUGAACAGAAUGAUUUAGACGAAACUCAUUUCUUUACUGUGGAGCAAACUACGCAGCCUAUAGAAGAUAAUAUUAUGAAGAUUAAUAAGACUCUUGAAAAUUCUAUCGAAAAUAUUGAUAGCACGACAAUUAAUUCAGAAGAAAUUAUGAUUGAAACGACUACAUUCAAGGAGGUGUCAGAUAGUCAAAAACUAAAUUCACCUGAAGUGCCUUCUGAUUCUGUUGAGGAAUCUACAACAACAUCUGCAGAAAUUGAUAAAGAUGAAACAGACUCAUCAGUUAUAUCAACUACCUACAAAGAUUCUGCUAGUAGCACUGAAGAUUUAAUAGCGAUGGAAACAACCACCAAUGGUUUGAAGGUUCCUCUAGAGAACAUUACAGAAUCUAUCUCGAAAUCUUUGAAAUUUAAUCAGGAACAAACAGAACGAAAUAUCGCUUCUGAAUUACCACCAUUUAACGAAAAAACCAAUGAUACCCAAAGUUACGCUGUACAAGAAGAUUUCCUAGAAUCUACAACAACUCAAAAGUUAUUCGUCACUAAAUCAACAACAGAACCAUCUAAAAUCGCAUCAGACGAAGACUCUAACACCUCGAAUGAUAUUUUCCAAGAAGCUUCUAUCAAACCAGAUGAUGCUGCUACUACUGAAAUAAUAAAAAACUUUGAAACAAAUAAAUUUGGAAAAAGCCUGUUCGAAGCAAUGCCAGAGGAAGAAGUCAAAACGCCAAAUAAUGAAGUAAAACCUGUUACUGAAGGGUAUACCUUAGAAGCUUUUUCAAGGUGUGAAGCCACCCAGUUCAAAUGUGCAAAUGGUACGUCCCGAUCAGAUGGAAGCUAUUGCGUAGAUAUUGCUGACAGAUGUGAUUCAGUUGAAGACUGUAGUGAUGGUUCAGAUGAACUCAAUUGUCAAGAAGAAGGAUGUCCCAACAACUUCCAAUGUAAAAGUGGACAGUGCCUAAAGAGACACUUAGUAUGUGAUGGAAUAGAAAAUUGCAAUGAUGGAAGCGAUGAGACAAGCUGUGAGUCGUGGAAAUGCCUGGAAGGUGAAUUCUCUUGUGGAAAGGAUGACAGGUGCAUACCUUCAAGUUGGGUUUGUGAUGGUAGAUCACAAUGCCGAGAUCGUUCUGAUGAACAAAAUUGUAACGUCACCAAAUGUUCCAAAGACGAAUUCCACUGUUCAAAACAGGACAGCUGUAUACCAAAAUCUUGGUUAUGCGAUGGAAAAUCAGAUUGUAUGGAUUCAGAGGAUGAAAUGAACUGCGUAUGUAAAGCAGAUGAGUUCAAAUGUAGAAUUGGAGGUGGUUGUGUAAGUAUACAGGAAGUUUGUGACGGAGUUGCCAACUGUGGAGAUAGAUCAGAUGAGUGGAAUUGUCUUUCAAUUCAAAAAGGAACCUCUACCUUAGAAGCUCAUGUAGGAAACCAAACCGCUCUUAUCUGUUCAGACAAUUGGAAUUCUGGCUAUUCUAACAUGGCUUGCCACCUCAUGGGUUAUACUGAUUCCAUCAAUUACGAAGAAGUGGAUAAACCAACUGAUAUUGCAAAAUUGAUGAAACUCAAGAACGAUAUUGUUCCUGGUACUUCGUUGCUAUCGCAACUGGAAUCUGUAGACUCGUGUGAUAAAGUUGUAUCUCUGACAUGCCAAAAAUUCGAAUGUGGUUCAUUCCCAAGUGUGACGGAAACAUUGAAAGAAGACUCCAAAAACCAAACAGCAGAAUGGCCAAGUUUGGCACUUCUGUACAGCAACAAACAGAAUAUUUAUUGCACAGCAACUCUUGUGGCACCCUCAUGGGUAGUUGCAGGAUAUUCCUGUUUAUUGGGAUCCUUGAAUAGGAAGAAUAUAUCGCCCAAGGACUGGAUUCUUAGGAUUGGUGACCAACAAAGAACUAUUGGAAACAUCAUUGAGUAUCCUCAGGUCAAGUACUCCAACUUCUAUUACAACAAUGACAUAGCUUUACUCAAAUUGAAUCAACAACUUCCAUCAUCAGUUCAGUCAGUAUGUCUACCUACAGAAAAUGUGAAAGACAGUCAAACAUGCGUAGUUUCUGGAUGGAAAAAAAUUGUUCCAGGAGUCUCCAACCAAGAACAAUACCAGGACAAUUUAGCGAAACCUUUCAUCAGCAUUCAAGAAUGCAAUUCUACCAAGCAUUACAAUGGUAUGAUGGGCACCAAUGAGAUUUGCAUAGAAUCCAACGAUCCUGAGGCAUCUCCAUGCCAUGAUGAUGUUGGAGCCCCCUUGAUGUGCCUUUCUGAAGACACAAAGAUGUGGCAAGUGCAAGGUUUACUUAGUCAUACAAACAAAUGUGCAGGACACUCUCAUCCACUAGUCUUCACUUCGAUGAAUAAAGACUUAACAAACUGGAUAAGGAAUACUGUAGGAGAAGCAGUUUAAAUUACCCAAUUCUCAUUGUGAUUACGAAUUGAAAUUGAUAAAAUACUGUUAGAGAUAAAACUGAAAAACUCAGAUGAAGGAAAAUAUACCAAGUUGAAUUUUAUAAUAGACUCAUUGGUACCAAAAAUUGGAUAUUUAUUGUGAAGGUUCACAAGUGCCUUUGUUGGAAUGUGAGUGUUGAAGGGAGUCUCCUAAUUUUUGUUUUAUAUAAUAUGUUCCUAAUAAGAACAAAUGAUAAGAUUUUAAACAAAUGUGAUUUUCGUAUAUUUCGAUACUAUGUUACAACACUAGAUCAAACAAUAUUGUACUGAUGAACAAUGUAACCAAUUUGAUUAAUUUUUAUAUUGAAUUAUAGUAUUAUACUUAUACAAAACAAUAAUGUUAUCAUUAUUGUUAACAUUUUGACAUAAAUGAUAAAAUAUAUUUUUAUAUAAGGCAUUUGUAUAUAAUGUAUGAUAUUUCUCAAAGUUUUCUCGAAUGUUAUUAUUGAAACGAAAUUCUAGAUGUUAUCCGUCCAAAAAUAUGAAUUUAUUAUUCUUGUUUUUAUUUCGCUAGUCACAUAUUUUUCUGUGCCAAUACAAAAUAAGUGACGGUGUUUGACCAUGUAAAUAUUGAGUAGAUACUAAUAAAACUUUUACCGAAAAA